AUGAUAGACAGUGUCGUUAGCUCCAUCGACCCAGACGUUAUGCUACUACAAGAAACCAAAAACAGCAUCAUCGGUCCAAAUAAAAUCAGAAGUCUUGAUACGUACAACAGUGUACACGCUGGAGACAAGGAAGAAGCCCAGGUUUUCUUUAAAAAGAACGGCAUAUUCGAGAUAGUAUCCCAAUCCCCAGUGAAUAAGAAGCUAGAUAAUAUUCUGGAAGAGAUGUUCCCUAAAGAUGAAACUCCCCAACUGAGAGGUGGAUCAGUGCCAGCGAAAGUGUUAAGGGAUCGUAUUUGUGUUGUUCAUCUUCGACACAAACGUACAAACCGUGAUAUGAUUUUCAUAUCUUACCACAACAUCCGAAAGGGUGGAGGUGAAGGAGCUGUCAAGAAGAAGGCCAGCGAAUUUUGCCAAAUCGUAGCAAAACUACACGAGUCUUCCAAAUUCUGUGUCAUAGCUGGGGUGGACAUCAACUGCUGUAAUUUCGUUUCUACCGAUGUCACAGUUCCCUCAUAUGAACCAACCCCGAGGAGGAAAACAACAUCCAAAGUCGACUACUUUAUCUUAAAAAAUCCUCCUGGCCUUCCUGUGGAUUGUGUUGUGAAAGCUUUCGAUCUCUUUCCAGAGAACAAGGAGGCGCCAUUCUACAACAAACUCCAAAGCCUUUUGUUACUUCACUCUAAGGAAGAGUAUGACAAAGCAACUGAUCAUGAUCCGUUAACGCUUUCCUAUUAA